CUUGUGCUAUAUUAACUCUAGGCUGCUGACACAGAUUCCGGGGUUCGGCCGCGGAAGUGGGCGCCGGGUAAGUGCUCCACCGGAUGCGCGCGCAGCCUGCACUCCUGAUCUCGAGCAGCCCGCCGCGGCCGCCAUCGUCAGCCUGUCCCGGCACUGGCCGCGUCUGGGAACAAUAAGGUUCUUGUUGUCGGAGGUCGGGCGAGCUUUUUCUCCAGUCGUUCUUCCUCCUUGGGCUCCGCUCCCGGUGCAUGGAGAAGCAGGGCAGGAUGGACUGCCCCGCGCUGCCCCCGGGCUGGAAGAAGGAAGAGGUGAUCCGUAAGUCGGGCCUUAGCGCCGGCAAGAGUGACGUAUACUACUUCAGUCCAAGUGGUAAGAAGUUCAGAAGCAAGCCUCAGUUGGCAAGAUACUUGGGAAACACUGUUGAUCUCAGCAGUUUUGACUUCAGAACGGGAAAGAUGAUGCCCAGUAAAUUGCAGAAGAACAAACAGAGACUAAGGAAUGAUUCUCUCAAUCAAAAUAAGGGAAAACCAGACUUAAAUACAGCUUUACCAAUCAGACAAACUGCAUCAAUUUUCAAACAACCAGUCACCAAAGUUACUAAUCAUCCUAGUAACAAAGUACGGUCUGACUCACAGCGAGUGAUGGAGCAGCCACAACAGGUAAGAAUUUAUCUAUUUCCAUUGUUACUGCUCAGAAGAUUGAAACAAGCUGAAAAU